ACAGUUGAAGGAGUGUCGCAGAGCUGGGGCAGACAUGGGAGAAGAUCUUCCCAUUUUAAAGGGGGGACAACAAGGUCCCCAACGACUGAAGGCCAUGCUCACAUUCUCUGAGCACAAACCCAGGCACACUGUAUCCAGCAGUGGCUGGAGUGAGAUACACUCCAGAGCGGAAACAGAGGCGCCUGAUGGAAAGACCCAGAAGGCAUGAAGGGAGACCCAAGGUGGGCUCCAAUACCCGCCCCUCCCUCCCUGAUGGAAGGGGCAGAACUUGGCCAUCCCCUCCCCCGCCCCCAAGGGGCACUGCCCAACCUAGGAAUGCGAUGAAGGCCAUGCCGUGCUCCAUUUAGAAAUGAGGCAGUGAGGCCCCCCUCUUCCCGGGAGGGCCCAGAAACCCCACUCCUGUCCCAUGAGUCCGCGGGGCUGGGUCAAGGCUGCUGGGAGCGGGCCUGUGCCCAGCUGUCCCCGCGCUGCGUCAUGUGCGGGAGGCCAGGCAGCUCGCCUUACAGGGCCAGGCCCACCUCUAUAUAUAGCCCACCAGGACAGCUGCGCGGGCUGAGCACCGCCCAGCAGGGGAGCAGGGGAACAGGGACUGCAGACGGCACCCAGCACCCCCAGUGGCUGCACCCUAGGCCGCUCGCCAUGGCGGUGGGCCUGGAGCAGGCGGAGGAGCAGCGGCUGUACCAGCAGACGCUCCUGCAGGACGGGCUCAAGGACAUGCUGGACCACGGCAAGUUCCUGGACUGCGUGGUGCGGGUGGGCGAGCGCGAGUUCCCGUGCCACCGCCUGGUGCUGGCGGCCUGCAGCCCCUACUUCCGAGCGCGCUUCCUGGCCGAGCCGGAGGCGGCGGCGGGCGGCGAGCUGCGCCUGGAGGAGGUGGCCCCGGACGUGGUGGCGCAGGUGCUGCACUACCUGUACACGUCGGAGAUCUCGCUGGACGAGGCGAGCGUGCAGGACCUGUUCGCCGCGGCGCACCGCUUCCAGAUCCCGUCCAUCUUCACCAUCUGCGUGUCCUUCCUGCAGAAGCGCCUGUGCCUGUCCAACUGCCUGGCCGUGUUCCGCCUGGGGCUCCUGCUGGACUGCGCGCGCCUGGCCGUGGCCGCCCGCGACUUCAUCUGCGCGCGCUUCCCGCUCGUGGCGCGCGACGCCGACUUCCUGGGGCUCUCGGCCGACGAGCUCAUCGCCAUCAUCUCCAGCGACGGCCUCAACGUGGAGAAGGAGGAGGCGGUGUUCGAGGCGGUGAUGCAGUGGGCGGCCGGCGGCGGCGCGGACCCCGAGGCCCAGGCCGAGCGCCAGCGCGCGCUGCCCACCGUGUUCGAGAGCGUGCGCUGCCGCCUGCUGCCCCGCGCCUUCCUGGAGAGCCGCGUGGAGCGCCACCCGCUGGUGCGCGCCCAGCCCGAGCUGCUGCGCAAGCUGCAGAUGGUCAAGGACGCGCACGAGGGCCGCCUCACCGUGCUGCGCAAGAAGAAGAAGGACAAGGGGAAGGAGGCGGCCGGGCCCAAGGCGGCUGGCAAGGGCGGCGCUGGCGAAGCCAAGGCCGAGGGGAAGGAGGAGGAGGAGGAGGAGGGCGAGCGCGUCCUCCCUGGUAUCCUCAAUGACACGCUGCGCUUUGGCAUGUUCCUGCAGGACCUCAUCUUUAUGAUCAGCGAGGAGGGCGCUGUGGCCUACGACCCGGCCGCCAAUGAGUGCUACUGUGCCUCCCUCUCCACCCAGAUCCCCAAGAACCACGCCAGCCUGGUCACCAAGGAGAACCAGGUCUUCGUGGCCGGGGGCCUCUUCUUCAAUGAGGACAACAAAGAGGACCCCAUGAGCUCUUACUUCUUGCAGUUUGACCACCUGGACUCAGAGUGGCUGGGAAUGCCGCCGCUGCCCUCGCCGCGCUGCCUCUUCGGCCUGGGAGAGGCUCUCAACGCCAUCUACGUGGUCGGCGGCCGGGAGCUCAAGGAGCGGGAGAGCAGCCUGGAUUCGGUCAUGUGCUACGACAGGCUGUCGUUCAAAUGGGGUGAAUCGGACCCGCUGCCUUACGCAGUGUACGGCCACGCAGUGCUCUCCCAUAUGGACCUCGUCUACGUCAUCGGCGGCAAAGGCAGCAACAGGAAGUGCCUGAAUAAGAUGUGCGUCUAUGACCCGAAGAAGUUCGAGUGGAAGGAGCUGGCUCCCAUGCAGACGGCCCGGUCCCUCUUCGGGGCCACCGUCCACGAUGGCCGCAUUUUUGUGGCCGCGGGGGUCACGGACACAGGGCUGACCAGCUCGGUGGAGGUGUACAGCAUCACAGACAACAAGUGGUCGCCCUUUGAGGCCUUCCCGCAGGAGCGCAGCUCGCUCAGCCUGGUCAGCUUGGCGGGCACCCUCUACGCCAUCGGCGGCUUUGCCACCCUGGAGACUGAGUCCGGGGAGCUGGUCCCCACGGAGCUCAAUGACAUCUGGAGAUAUAACGAGGAGGAGAAGAAGUGGGAGGGUGUUUUGCGGGAGAUGGCCUAUGCCACCGGUGCCACCUUCCUCCCGGUGCGACUCAACGUGCUGCGCCUGACCAAGAUGUGACCAGCGCGAAGGGCCUGAACGAAGCGCCGUCCCAUCCUGAGGCCCACACAGGCCGGGCCUCCUGGGGGCUCCGGGGAUGAGGCCGGGAGGGGCCGGAGCCCGCCUGGACCUGUGAUAGUGGCCGAGUGGCUGCUUCAGUCGGGGAAGGUAAUAGCUGCCCAGUCCUAGCCUUGGGGCAGGGGCGAGGCAUGUUAGGCCUCUCUGGGGUCUCUGUAUCCUCCUGUUCUUAAGCCAGAACCACAGGGUCACAUCCCAGGCUCCAUCCCGAGCCUGUCCCAGCCCAGCUGCGUGCCAGCAAAUUCCCCACAGGACCCAGUGCUGGCUGUCGGGUGGGGACGGUCCCCACCGAGCACUCCCUGCAGCACAGACAGGUCUCCUUCUGCGAGAAGAAUAAAGUGCCUUCCGAGCGGGCAGCUCAGGGCCCGGAA